AUGACGACCAUCGAAGUUAUAUUCCAGCCUGAUGUCCAUUCAGAUAGCUGCUAUACAAUACUAGGCUGCGGUAGAUCAGGGAGUCCAGAGGAAUUGAGAAAAGCUUAUAGAGACUUAUCACGGAAGUAUCACCCUGAUCGGUACCGUGCGAACAAAGACACGAAUCAUGCGUUUCAGCGGGUCUAUGUUGCAUAUUCAUUGAUUUGUAAAUCGCCUCAGGAAGGUGAAGAUGUCAAAUUUGAACGUCAAGCAAUGCGACAAGCAAUGCGUCAGGUCCAUCUAGAAGAUGCCAGAAGGGCGUAUGAGAGUGCAUUUGGGGAUUUCAAAGAAAAAUAUUACAGCAAAGGGGCUAUCGUUGCACUUCCAUAUCCUUUCGAACUGAGGGAACGACUAGAGCGUGGGAAAUGUUUCAGAGAAGCAUUUACGUUGCAAAUAGGCUGUUUACAGUUCAACUUGUUUCGAUCGUUCCUGAUAAAGAAGGAACUGGGGGUAUUAUUUCUACUCAGUGAGAUUAUAUGUGUUUGGGGUUCAUUAUCUCUUGCUGUUUGGAACUUUCUAUUGGAAGAAUUUCCAGAGGUCAUUGACGAGAUACCGUAUGUGAGAGACUCGGGUAUUGAAGAAAUACCACAUAUCAGUAUCAUUGGAGGAUUAGCUGUCUUGAUUGGUAGCUUUGUGCAGCAUUUCUGGUAUGGAUUCACACGACAUCCAAUCCUUGUAGACGACGGAUAUGGGAACUGGCUGUGGGACGGAGAGUCAUCUUCAAGUGGGGAAUUGGGAGAGAUUCUUCGAAUAUGUUCACAGUACUAUCAUUCGGACGUUCACAAGAGAUCUCAAGUGUUGACCUGCCUCUUGUGCCUUCCUUUCUUGUUGGUGGAUCAAAUACCCGCCAUAUUACUGUCAAUACCAGUAUAUUUGUUCUUUUUGUGUCAAAAUUGUGGAACAAGAAAUGAAUCUACACAGACGCACCUUGCGUAUCAAUUUGCAAAGUCAAUUGGAGGCCUGCUCGUAGUUGUUGGAACGUAUUUGGCUUGGGUGUUGGGUGGAAAUUAUGCCAAGCUUGCAUGUGCGGGAGUGCUGUAUGUGAAUCAGCAUUUGUACAGUGCGAUUUUGUUUCGAAAAAGCGUAUUUGGAUUUCUGCAGUCGGUCAUCUUUCAAGGGUUCUUUGCCGUUUCAAUUGUUAGAACACCUCGAAAGCAAACAAUAGCAGAAGGAAAAGGCAAUGCUGGUGCUACGGAUAUUGAACAAGGGGUUUCAAGAGAAAAGAAGGAGUCUGCUCCUAAUGCUGUCAAUAACAAGCCCGAAGCACCCGCCAAGGCAGCGACGCGAGCUCCUGCACCUGCUGUUAAAAGAAAUCAAGUGUCACCACAGAAAGUUAUCGAGGAAGAAGUCAUCGAUAUUGUUCCCGUAGCGAGCGAAAGCCCCCGAAAAAAGCCAGCUUCUGCCGGGAUGGAGCAGGCAGACCCAGAUGAUUUCGGAGCAACAUUCGACGGUUUCUAUUUUCGGCCAAGUCCAUCAACGACAAAGUCACAAGGCUCCCGCCCAAGUACAUCAACGAAGUCGCAAGGCUCUCUAGCACCCACAACGACUGCAAGUGGAAAUACAGAGAGCAUUGGGGUGGAUCAUCGCGGCAAGAAGUACAUCAAGCCAGUACCAGGAUGGUAUCAGAAGGGCGAGGUUAUCACUGACACUCAACAAGCAGCAAAGGAGGCACAGCUGGCACCGAAGAGCAAGGGUUUCGACAACAUAAAUAUUUUCCAGUGUGGUGCUGACACUACACUCAUGGACGAGGAGGAGAAAUAUUUCGACCCCGCAUUAAGUUUGAGUGGGGACAAGGAGACUGCCACAGGUUUUACUUCAACCAAAGGGUCUACCAAAGGAUCGACAAAGGCAUCUACAGUCGUCACCUCAUUCACUUCGAAAAUGGAUGAAAAGCAAAGCCCUGAAGCCGAGGCACCAGAUCUCGUCAACCUAGCCCGGUCCGCAAAACGAAGAAUAGAGGCCGAGUUCUACGCAAGAAUCUAUGGGACUCCUGCAGGAACAGGCAUCUCUUCUCCAGUUUCACCGGAAAGGAAAGGAGUUACUCGUCUUGCUCCUCAACCAUACGGGGAUGAUGAGCAAGAUGAAUUUAUCGUACCGCGAACAAUCGAAAUGAAAACUCCUCCGAAAGAAAAGAUGGCAUCAAAGUCGGCAUCCCCAAUAUCGCCUUCUACUGCUUCAUUGGCGGAUAAUACGAGUGACAAUGGUAGUGGCAAAAAUGGCGAGAAUACGCGCAUUUCCUCAGAUGAAUCAACUUCAAGAAUGGACGACUCGGGUUUCAUCCCAAUGUAUAAGUCACCGGAUAGACAAGGAGGUAAUGCCUAUCCCGCAAAGCAGAAAAGGAGUAUGGGAAACAGGGCGGACAAUAGGCCGAAAUCGCCGGAAGGAGAAAUCGACAACUUGUUGGGUCCUUUUGUGCCUUUUGUAAAGUCAGCUACCACUAGGAGUAACAACUACUCUGUCGGGGCAUCUCAAACGACUAGAAUGCAGUCGAACAAAGAGCGAGAAACGCAAGGCGAAGAAUCAUCAGGCUUUGUUUUGCAACAUCACCCAGGUAAAGGUUUGUCGGGGUAUCGGCAUGAGGAAGAGGAGAAAAUAAGAUCUGAGAAGAGCGAUCCUGGUGGCAGAAAGUUUGAGGAGGUCAAGCCUAUUCGAUCUCGCACUACGGGCCAAAUUCCAGAUUUAGUAGUCGGCUACGAGCAACCGAGUGCCGAUGAAUCCGAAAUCACUAUGGACAAGCGUCAAUUCCGCAAGAAGCAAGAUACUGGACCUCCAACCUUUUGGGACUACUGGACAAGUCCAACGAAUUCGACACUGACAAGAAGUGUCCAAUGA